CAUCGCUUCUCUUACCUCGCCCGUUAGUUACCACUUCACCUCUCUUCUCAUCGUGUCCUCUUCCACCUCACGUCCAGGAGGCCAAUCUUAUAGCACAUACCUACGAAUCUAGCGCAUGUACCAAGUAGAGCAUUAACCAGGAACACAUAAGACUCUCUCUGCCCAUCAUGCCGCCCUCACUUCGGGUCAUUCCCAACGCUGCGUCCCGCGCCGUCUCCCUCCUGCGGACAAUCCAGGCGCAUCCGCCAUCAUGCCCGUGCCACACCAACCCCGGCCAUCACCACCACCACAACCCGCUAAACUUCGCACCACGGCCCCUGCGGACUAGCAGCAGCAGCCGUGGCUUCGCCACCCCCGUGGACGGACCGCAGAAGGAGUACGCCUUCGAGAUGGCCGCCUCCUCCAUCCGCUUCGGCCCAGGCUCCACGCAGGAGGUCGGCAUGGACUUCGCCAACAUGGGCGCCAAGCGCGUUGCUGUCGUCACCGACCCCACCGUCGACGGCCUCUUCGCCAUGCAGCAGGUUCGCGAGGCCCUUGACCGCGAGGGCAUCAACUACAAGGUCUACAACCAGACGCGCGUCGAGCCCAAGGACAGCAGCAUCCGCGAAGCAAUCGACUGGGCCCGCCCCUUCGCCCCGGACGCCUUCCUCGCCGUCGGCGGCGGCUCCGUCAUCGACACGGCCAAGCUCAUGAACCUCUACUCGUGCUACCCGGAUGCUCCCUUCCUCGACUUUGUCAACGCGCCCCUCGGCAAUGGGCGGCCCGUCGACAAGGCCCUGAAGCCCCUCAUCGCCGUGCCCACGACCGCGGGCACCGGCUCCGAGACGACAGGCACCGCAAUCUUCGACCUCGUCUCGAAGCGCGCCAAGACGGGUGUCGCGCACCGCAACCUCAAGCCCACGCUCGGCAUCUGCGACCCGCUCAACACGCGCACCAUGCCCGCCGCCGUUAAGGCCGCCUCGGGCCUCGACGUGCUUUGCCAUUCACUCGAGUCCUGGACCGCGAUCCCCUUCCACGAGCGCGUGCCCCGACCCAAAAACCCCAUUCUGCGCCCGGCCUACCAGGGCGCCAACCCCAUCAGUGACGUCUUCUCCUUCCACGCGCUGAGAGCGACGGUCAAGUAUCUCCCCCGCGCCGUCAAAAAUCCGGACGACUACGAGGCGCAGAGCGAGAUGCUCCUCGCCGCGACGCUGGCCGGCGUGGGGUUCGGCAAUGCUGGCGUCCAUCUCUGCCACGGCAUGUCGUACCCCAUUUCGGGCCAGAACCCGGGCUACCAGCACGCGGGCUACAAGGUCUCGUACCCCAUCAUCCCGCACGGCGUCUCCGUCGCCGUCACGGCGCCUGCCGUCUUCCGUUUCACAGGUGCCUCGAACCCGGAGCGCCACCUGCAGGCCGCCGAGGUCUUUGGCGUCGACGUCUCGCGCGUUCGCAAGGAGGACGCCGGCGCGGUGCUCGCCGACGCGCUGGCCCGGUUCCUCGCCGACCUCGGCGACCAGCCGGCAGGCAUCAGGGACUUGGGCUUCGGCGCCGAUCACCUGGACGACCUCGUCGAGGGAACGAUCCCGCAGGCCAGGGUGUUGAUGCUGGCCCCCGGGCUGGAGACGGAGCUGCAGAAGGAGAGGGAGCAGUUAAGGGGUCUGUUCGAGGCCGCGAUGGUGCACUCAUGAUGUUUAGAUUAACGAUGGUCUGAUGAGAAAUGUGGAGGGGUGAUGAGAAGAAUAUAAUCAUGAAGGCCCGCGGGUAGCACAAAUGAAACCUUCCAAAAAAAAACCCUUGAUGAAUCACAAAGCCGACUUCCCAUUUGGCCGUGGUAUCGAGGAUAGGCCGGGUUCUGGGCACUGAGGUGGGGAUUAUGGGAUACGUUUCAUGAACACUUGAAUUCUCAAAGAUGGUAUUAGGAAUUUGAAGCACCAAGAUGGCUUAUUUCAAGUAAAAAAAGACUUUUCCCCACC